AUGUCCUCCCGACUUCUUCACCCAGACGAGUACGAGUUAGAUGUGCGAUCAUCUAUCGAUUCGCAAGGCACUUUCAAUCUUGAUGAAGCCGACUUUGAAUCACAGUCAAUACCUAUUCGCAGCAAACUAUUCCACCGAGCGCCUCUAAUACCGCGUAUCUUUGGCCCGAAUUCCGCAUAUCGUCGUUUGAACUCCAAAUCUUUCGCAAGAAUUCCGAGACGGCCGAACUGCCACCGGCGUUUCCUGAGUCGCCGCGCGUGCUUCUACCUUCAAAGCUUCUUCGGCAUUAUACUCGCUCUCGUGCUUCUUACAACAGCAUUUUUCCCGUCAUACUCUCGGCUGCCUGCACAUUAUCAAGCCCUCAGAGACGCUGUCAACAACGCAACGAGCCCCGGCCGAGGCAAUCCACGUAACGAGAAGAUUUUUAUCGCGGCUAGCUUAUACGAUCGUGGCGGGAACAUAGCGGGUGGGCAAUGGGGCAAGGAUGUUCUCGGGUUGAUUGAUCUACUCGGCGAGAAGAACGUGUACCUGAGCAUCUACGAAAAUGAUAGCGGGCCAGCAGGCGCAGGCGCAUUGCAGGACCUCGAAGCACGGGUGCCGUGCAAUAAGACAAUCUUAUACGAGGAGAAUAUGGAACUAAAUGGUCUGUCUACCGUGACCGCUCUUGAUGGAUCGAAACGGAUAAGACGCAUUGAAUACUUGGCCGAUGUCAGGAACAAGGCCUUAUUACCCUUAGGCGCGCACCCUGAGAUCAAGUUCGAUAAACUACUAUACAUCAACGACAUUGUUUUUGACCCUGUCGAUGCGCUUCAGCUUUUGUUUUCCACCCAUGUUGAUGAUAAUGGAAUCGCCCAGUACCGCGCAGCCUGCGCCGUCGACUUCAUCAACCCGUUCAAGUUUUAUGAUACCUACGCCACUCGCGACCUACAAGGAUACGGCAUGGGUCUGCCCUUCUUUCCGUGGUUCUCUAACGCGGGCGAUGGAAUAAGCCGUAAGGACGUUCUGUCCGGGAAAGAUGCUGUCCGGGUUCGCAGUUGUUGGGGAGGCAUGGUCGCUUUCGACGCUCGGUUCUUUCAGACUCCGACAGCAGGCCCCCAACGAAAUCAGACGCUGCGGUUUCGUGCGUCGCAUGAUGCGUACUGGGAAGGCUCCGAAUGCUGUCUCAUUCACGCGGACAUCCAAGAUAUCCCAAUUAAUCCUGAGGAAAUAACGGAUACUGGGGUCUAUAUGAACCCUUUCGUUCGAGUGGCGUACGACAGCGGCACGCUCUCCUGGCUAGGGCUCACCCGUAGACCCGAGAGGCUGUAUACUCUGAUUCACAGACUUUUAAAUCCAAUGGUUGGCUUGCCCCGUUUCAAUCCGAGGCGGACUGAAAUCCAUGGUCAGCGCGUCAUGGAAACCGCCUGGAUUCCGGAUGGGAUCAACAAUGGCGAAGGUUCAUUCCAGGAAGUCAAGAGGAUUGCAUCCAACGAUGGCUUCUGUGGACGCCCGGGACUUCAGGUGAUUGUUGAGGACCGCAAGGAGGGUCAGGCGGGUUGGGAGUCCCUCCCAGUCCCAACUUGA